CUCCAUAGCGAAUCUAUCUGGGAAGGCGUUUGUUUACAGAAUUAUUUAAUAGAUAUUAUGAUUAUCAUGCGAAGAUGGUAAUAUCUAUUUGAAGGACUGAGUAUAAAAGCUUACAAAAUGGCAGCAAGCUCAGAAAGUGUGUUGCUCUACAUCAGCAAUGUAAGAUGUAAGAAGGUGGAAGGCACUCUGUAUAUCUUUGAGACGAGGAUGGCCUGGCAGCAAUCCAGCAAAGAUAUCUUCAGCAUUAGUCACAAUUAUGCUGAUAUUAAAAUGCAAAAGAUUUCUCCUGAAGGCAAGUCUAAAGUGCAGCUCCAGAUCGUGUUGCACGAUGGUGGCUCAACAACGUUCCAUUUUAAUAAUCCUGAAGGAGAACAGGCUCAGAGAAAGGACAGAAAUGAAGUCAAGGAGUUACUCAUACAGCUUCUGCCAAGAUUCAAAUUAAAAGUGAACAAAGAACUUGAGGAGAAAAACAGGAAAUUACAGGAGGAUCCUGAACUUUUUAAGCUCUACAUGGAUCUCGUUGUCAGUCAGGUCCUAACGGCUGAUGAAUUCUGGGCAAAUAUUGCAAAUAAGCCUGACACGGGUGGCGGUGGCGCCCCCCAGAGCGUUGGCGUGUCCGGAGCCUUCCUAGCUGACGUAAAGCCUCAGAGCGACGGUGUCAACGCGAUCACCUACAAUCUCACGACGGACAUCAUCGAGUCGAUAUUCAAGACAUAUCCAGCCGUGAAGAAGAAACAUCUGGAGAAUGUUCCUCACAAGCUCAGUGAGAGUGAGUUCUGGACCCGCUUCUUCCAGUCGCACUACUUCCACAGAGAUCGGCUCACUGCGGGCAACAAAGACCUAUUCUCCGAGUGCGCAAAGAGCGAUGACCAAGAUUUGCUCGCGGAAGCGUGGAAAGUAUCAGAAAAUCCUCUGGUUGACAUUGCCAAUUUUUAUGACGACCCUGAGGAUGAGGGAUAUGGAGGGGCAGCUGUAGAUAAAACAUCAACCACCCACCAGGUGAAUCAGAACAUGAUUCGCCGAUUCAAUCAUCAUUCGACGAUGGUGCUGAAGACUGCCGACGACAGCGCCGGAAACAAGAGCACGCCCUCCGUAUCCAACGGCAACACGACACUGCCUGCGGCGGCCAUUUCCGAGGCAUCGAACGGGUCGUUUGCCGAUGAUAGUUCAUGCAGUAGCUGGGUGGUGGAGCCACCAGCAAAUAAACGAUCAAAGCUGAUUGAGAAGCUGGAGUAUGAUGAUCUAGAGGGCGAGGAGACGCGACGGACAGCACGGUUGAACCUCGUUAAGCGAGAUCGUUACUACCACGGCCCGAUGACGCUACAACGCGCCGAGUAUCGCAGCAACGAUGAGAUCAUCGCGAGUCUGCAGGCAUUCACCGACGCCAUCGCCGCAUGGCAGCCCGCCCUGCCCGAGGUGUUGCCCAGCAGUAUAGCAGUUGGAGUGAUGGGAGAGCUGUCACCAGGGGGCGUCCUAAUGCAGGGAGGCACAACUGAUGCAUUGCUAAAUCAAAUGGUCUCACAACCCAUCCAAAAAGACAUGAAGGCAAUUUACAUUUCUCUGUGUGAACUUUUGAGGCAUUUCUAUGCUUGCUUUCCUGUAACCUCCAAGGCUCUCGAAGAAAAGGUUGUUAAAAUGAAAGGAACUCUGGAUCGAUUUCAUAUGGUUAAGAUGCGACCAUUCCAGGAAAGUGUGAUGAGGCAGCAUUACACUGUAAAUCUGACCGGUCAUCUAGACGAGAUGCUACAAGCAGCCUACAAGAAGUACGAGGCGUGGGAGGCGAAGAAGACAGGUGGGGGCCGGCCACGGUGAUAGCGGACCUAUAUAUUUGUACAAAACUCAUUCGCCGCUACUUUUGAUUAUAUACUAUACGUGCGCGUGUGUGCGUGCGUGCGUGGGGGUGUGUGUGUGCGUGCGUGCGUGCGUGCGUGCGUGCGUGCGUGCUUGCGUGUAGGAUGUGUGUUCAUGUUCGUAUGUAUGUUGACAUUUGGUCGUUUUUUUAUAUUUUUUGACAACAUCAAUGUUAUUUCAUUAACGCUUUCAUGUCUGCUGUUAUUUAUAGACAGCGUAGAAAUCAUGAGACAGAUAGCGAGAUAGCGAAUAAGAAAAAUAGAGAAAUAAACAAUUAUUAUUGUUAUUAUUAUUAUUGUUAUUAUUAUAUAAUAAUGAAUAAAUCCACGUGAAUAAUGG